GAUUUGUUAAAGUUUCAGAAACAGAAACAGAAAUCGAUUCUUGGCUGGGUGGACUUAAGAUAAUUAUUUUAGUGUUUUGACAUACAUAAUGAUGAAAUAUUAUAAAGAAAAUCAAAAGAUGACUUAUAUGUUUGCAGCAACGACCUAGGCAUGGGUCGGCGAUACCGCAAGAAACGUAGAAACAACAGGACUUUUAGGACUUGUGAUGAAGACAAAGAUAUAGUUUAUUUAAAUUCCUGGCUAUCAAAACAGGGUAUGAGGCGCAAUGAUAAACUAAGGCUAGCUAUUUUCAAUGAUACAGGACGAGGAGUACUCACAAAGAGGAAGAUAUUGGCUGGCGAAGAGUUGAUGAAUUUACCCCUUAACUCCACCAUUAAUGUGACUACUAUUUUGAUGGAUAUUCAGUUUUGUAACAUAUUUUUAGAAAACACGAAGUCGUGCUUGCAGGAAUAUAAGCAAAAGCUGUCUUUUCAGUCCCUAAUGGCAUUUUAUUUGACUUUUUUAAAAGUGCAAAACUUGGAAUCUAAAUGGGGUGUGUAUUUAGGUAGCCUGCCUAGUAACUACACUGUACCAUACUUUUUGCCAAACGAGGUACUGUGUAAUAUACAUGAUGAUAUUUCGGCUGUGAUUUCCAAACAAAAACAUGUUGUCAAUACAUCUUAUCAUAUUUUUGAUGAAAUUUUAAAAAGCAAUAUCUGUAGAAAUUAUAAUGUGAAGCAACUAAGAGAUAGUUUUACAAUGUCCCUUUAUGAAUGGGCCUAUUUCACUGUGAAUACUAGGUGUGUUUAUAUGGAUUUAACUAAAGUUAUAGAUUUAAAAAAUAUAGAAAAAUCUAUUUUGAGUCUUAUAUGUGAUAAUACAAAAAUAUCAUUAUGCCCAUAUUUAGAUAUGAUCAAUCACAGUCCUAGUGCUAAGAAUGAAACAAAACUAAUGUUAAGUAGAGAUUUUAACCUUGUGAAUGUGUCGAAUUUGAAUCAAGAUAUAUUUUCAGAUGUCCGUUUUUCAAUUUAUACAAAAAAUAAUUUUGAUCCGUAUACCCAAGUAUUUAUUUGCUAUGGUGAUAGCCAUAACUUGAAAUUGAUAACAGAAUAUGGUUUUUUCUUGCCCAAUAAUGAUCUUGAUUAUUAUUUAUUUACAUUUGAAGAUAUUGAGGAGUUUCUGAAAUCUAUUGGGAGAAGAUUGUCCCAAGAUCAAAUCUCAUUUAUUUAUAGUCACGGGUUGAAUAGGAACUUGUACAUUGACAUGAAAGGCCUAAGUUAUAAUUUGUAUGGCCUAUUGAUGGUUGUUAAAUAUUAUUAUAAUCAGACUAUGGAUGUGAGUAGGUUAUUGUACUCGGCCGCUAUAUGUUCAAAUAACAAAGAUUUGAAUAGCAUUGUGGCACCUCUAGUAAGUGAGAAAUUGAGGAAAAUCAAAGAAAAACUUAGUAAACUUAAUUGUGUGGAAAAUAGUGCCAUUCUAGAUAACUGUAUAGCUCUUAUGUGUCAAUAUGUUAAAAUAUUGGAGAAUUUUAAUAAAUGUUAGU